AUGGAACUGGUCAACCAGACGAAUCGUGGUUUGAAAGAAACUGGACGACCGGUUCAGAAGAGAAAAAUAAUAGCGCAUGUUGAACCUCCUCUUGGAUACCAAACGCUCUUCAGGGAUAGAAUUGUACAGCCAGAAAAGAUACGAGGACCUUAUAGGAAAAGGAAGAAAGCAGGAGAGACGGAUCCUGGCCCUCCUUACAGCUUCGUCGAUCAUGAGCCAACUUCCGACACUGCUCAACUUCUGGUCUUGAGAGCAAUCAAGAGUUUGAGACAAGCCGAUAGAUCAAUAAUCAUUGAUGCGGCCAUAUUGGAAAAUAGACACAAGGAGAUACUUCAGAUAAGAACGAAUCAAAUUAAAAAAUUCCUCGCUUCGUUAAGAUUGCGCGACGAGGAUGGUCUAGGUCUUAUGGAUAAGUUGACGAUGAGAAACAGUGAACAAAGUCGGAGAGGAACAUUCAAGGACAGACAUCGAUUGGCUUUGAAGAAUUUCAAACAGAUCGGGCCUCAAGCGCGAUUUCACAAUUUAUACGUCAGGCAUGUCCUACCGGAUUUCGAGGAAUCAAUGUCAGAGAUUGAAAGAGAGAUUACUGAAGACCAUUCUCAGAGACGGCUCAAGCAUGGCAUGUUGGAUUUGCAGAAUAUGGUCGCCGAUAUUAGAAAAGGAGUUAAUAGCAAAAGUAAUAAAGACAGUGUCUCACAUCAUCAACACACUCAUUCCGGACGAGGAUACCUCAAAUCCAGUUUGGCGAACAUCGCAAAGGCAACUAGCGGGGCAAGAAUUUUUACAGGAUGCAAGACAACUGGUUCACUCACAUGGCGAGGCUCUUGA